CCGGGCUCGGCGCAGGCCUGCAGGAGGCGGCGCCCCGGGCUCCCCGGGCCGGGCCGCAGCAGAACCGAAAGCGGCUGGCGCGGGGAGGCGGGGGAGAGGAAGGAGGGGCGGGCGCCGCUGGGGAGAAGGGCGAGGUAGCGCGCGGAGCGGAGGGCCGGGAAUGCCCGCGGCGCGGGGCCCGAGCCGCCCGCUGGCCGCGUCCGGGCAAUGGCUCUCCGUCUGGUCUCCGAUUUCGACCUCCGGAAGGACGUGCUACCGUGGCUGCGGGCGCAGCGGGUGGCGUCAGCGGCCGCCGGGGCCCGAGGCGGCGGCCCAGGUGUUUUAGAAAAUAAUUAUGAGAGCUUACAUAUACUAAAUGUUGAAAGAAAUGGAAAUGUUAUUUAUACCUAUAAGGACAAUAAGGGAAAUGUCUUCUUUGGAUUAUAUGACUCCCAGACCAGACAAAAUGAGCAUCUCUAUACAUUUGAAAAAGACUUGCACGUUGUCAGCUGUUCUGUCAAUAGUGAUAGAACUUUGCUGGCUGCGAGUUUAGUUCAUUCUACUAAAGAAGGGAGAAAGAAUGAGCUUCAACCAGGAUCAAAGUGUUUAACUUUGUUGGUUGAAAUCCAUCCUGUUAACAAUGUGAAGGUUCUAAAAGCAGUGGAUAGCUAUAUUUGGGUGCAGUUUCUCUACCCCUAUGUGGAAAGUCACCCCCUUCCAGAGAACCAUCUGUUACUGGUUUCAGAAGAGAAAUAUAUCGAAAAGUUUCAUAUCCAAGUCAUCCAAGAAGAUGGAAGUAGAGUGGUAAUUAAAGACUCUGGUCAUCUCCCGAGAGAGAGAGUAGCUGAGGAUUUUGUUUGGGCUCAAUGGGAUAUGUCAGAGCAGAGAUUAUACUACAUUGACCUAAAGAAGUCAAGGAGUAUUUUAAAAUGCCUCCAGUUUUCUGCUGAUGAGAAGUUUAACUUAAUGUUUGAAGCACCCUUGGAUAUAACAUUAAGUGACUCAGGAUUUAAACUUGUAAACUUUGGAUGUGAUGAUCUUCAAGACCAAGAGAACUUAUCGAAACACCUGACCCUGUGCGUUUUUACCAACCAUACAGCUCUACUAAAUACCUUCUUACUUCUAGGAAGUUUGUGUGUGUGUUACAGUCCGAAGUUUGACUCUUGGGAAAAAUUCACAUAUUCAGUGUUUUACUUUCAUAAAGGGCACGGCAAGACCUUCACUGCUGCUCUUGGGAGUGUUGACUCACAUGUGACAAAGGGCCUUACUUUUCUCAACCUUGACUAUUACUUGGCUGUUUACUUACCUGGUCAUUUUUUUCAUCUACUUAACAUUCAACAUCCAGACCUAAUCUGCCACAGUUUGUUUCUGACAGGAAACAGCGAAGUUGUUGAUAUGCUACCUCAUAGUCCUUUACAGUCACUGUCAGGGUCCCUGGUACUGGAUUGGUGUUCUGGAAAGCUCUAUAGGGCACUCCUCAACCAGUCAUAUUUAUUACAGUUCCUAUGGAACGCUCGGCUAGACUGUGAGAAGAUGGCCGUGUUGCACUGUGUGCUCUCCUGUGGUGGAGACCGCCAGUUCCUGGAAGCCAAGAUUAUUCAGUGGAUUUCUGAGAAUAUCUCUGCCUGCCAUUCAUUUGACCUCAUUCAGGAAUUUAUAAUUGCUUCUUCAUAUUGGAGCAUAUGUCCAGAAACCAGUAACAUGGAUAAACUUUUGCCAUAUUCCUCAGUGCUCACUUGGAAUACAGAAAUUCCUGGAAUAACCCUUGUGACAGAAGAGAUCGCGUUGCCUUUCAUGAAGGUGCAUAGUUUUAAGGGCUACUGGGAAAAACUGAACUCCAACCUGGAAUAUGUUAAGUACUCCAAGCCACACUUGCACUAUAACAACAGCAUGGUCAGGAAAGAAUGGCACAGCCUGAUCUCAGAAGAGAAAACAGGAAGAAGAAGGUCCAUGGUGUAUGUGAAGAAUAUUCUUGAUAAUGCAACGAAGGUGAUUUCUAACCUAGAAGCAAGGAAUUUGGAGCCAAGAUUAACACCCCUCUUCCAGGAGGAGGACAACCACCAGAGACUGCUUAUGGGUCUGAUGGUGUCUGAGCUAAAAGACCAUCUUCUGAGACACCUACAGGGUGUAGAAAAGAAGAAAAUUGAACAGAUGGUUCUGGACUAUGUUUCAAAACUGCUGGAUCUCGUCUGCCAGAUAAUGGAAACCAGUUGGAGAAAACACAGUCUUCACCCCUGUGUUCCCCACUUGUACGCAAGUAUCUCUUGCUCUCUCUUAUCAAGCAGUGGGAGGGCCAGUGCAGCUGAAUUUAAAGUCUUUCACAUCAUGACCAGGAUUCUGGAAGCUACCAAGAGUUUGUUUUUACCGCUGCCUCCCGGUUUUCACACUCUGCACACGAUCCUGGGUGUCCACUGUCUCCCUUUGCACAACCUGCUGCAUUACAUUGAUAGCGGAGUGUUGCUUCUCACCGAAACAGCUGUCACAAGGCUCAUGAAAGAUCUGGACAAUACAGAGAAAAAUGAAAAACUAAAAUUCAGCAUCAUUGUGCGGCUUCCCCCGCUUAUUGGUCAGAAGAUCUGUCGACUUUGGGAUCAUCCUAUGAGCUCUAACAUUAUUUCCCGGAACCACGUGAAGAGACUGCUGCAGAACUAUAAGAAAAAGCCCCCAAGUUCCGUGAUUCACAAGUCGUCAUUCAGUGUGGAAUUUCUGCCUCUGAACUACUUCGUUGAAAUACUGACAGACAUAGAAUGCUCCAAUCAAGGCUGUGUACUCUUUGAUGAUGGAAUCCCUACCCCUUUAUUCAUCUUCGAGCCCUAGCACAUGGCUUGGUAUCUUACUUGGAAAUGAAAGCCUACUUAAGUGGCAAGAAAGCAGAAGUUUCCUCCCUAAGAACACGAGUUCCAUAACUACCAUCCUAAAGUUCUUUUCACUGUAUCAUGACAUGCUAUUUUUGAGAUGAUCACAGUAACGAAUGAAAAUUUAGUUUAAAUUUAUAUGUGACUGACAACUUUUGUGCCUGUCUUGUCAUCUUUUUGUGUAUAAGCAAUUGUUGCAGCUAAACUUUGUAUCAGUUGUCAAAACACAUGCCUAUCUUUUGUACAUACAAACAUAGUCAAAACAACUUUGUAUUAAAUACACAAGCAAAGGAAAGCUGUGAUAAAUAAUAAUGGAUACUUAAAAAUAAACAAAAUAAGGGACAAGCAAUUUUACAUCUGUUGAUAAUGAUCUAGAAGUAGUUUCUUCUACCCUGAAAGAUUUUCACUGAAAAGAACAGGAAAUGACUCAAAUCACAGAUAUUAUCAAACUAGAAGCAGAAAAAGAAAUAAACUAAAUAACAUAAUGCUGUACCUUAGAAUGCUAUAUUGUAAAUACAUAAAAAGAUUUCCAAAGGACUUGGAUGAACUGUCAGUGUUUCAAUAUGUACUAUAUACAACCUUUAAUCCAUUUCAUAAAUUUUCUUUACUUACCAGCACCAUACAAGACACCUUUAAGUUAACCUUUAUUGAGAGAGUUCAUGUGUUGUCAUAUAUUUCAUAAGAUAAACUUGAGUUCUUUCAAAAAUGAGUCUCAGAGUAAAGGUAGACAUUUAAAAGACAUGUAUUCAGCAUGAAAUUAUUCAGUUGGUGUGGAAUUAGUUUAAUAUCUUCAUUUUUCCAUAAUGAUUUAAUUAUUUAAGAUGCACACUAUUCUGAUGAAUGAACUAAAAUAUUAAACUAAAUCCUUGGGGCGCCUAGGUGGCUUAGCCAGUUAAGCAUCUGUCUUGAGCUCAGGUCACAAUCUCGCAACUCAUGAGUUCAUGCCCCACAUCAGGCUCUGUGCUGAUGGCUCAGAACCUGGAGCCUGCUUCGAAUUCUGUGUCUCUGUCUCUCUCUGCCCCUCCCCUGUUUGUGGUGUUUCUCUCUCUCAAAAA